GACGGGGAUGCAUCUAAGGCACUUCUUAAUUCGUUCAAUGGAAAAUUAGUUUUCCUGCACGCACACACCCUGAACUUCGUGCUUAACAAUUCACCUAUAAUUAUGGCAGUUAUGUGGAUUUGUACAAACAAAACACUAGCAGAUUUGCUAAUGACAUCAGAUAUAUGGUUCCCAAUAUGCGCAGGGUUGUACUUAGCUGUGAUCGGCUUGGCUCCAAGUUACAAACAACCUAUGAUGACAGUGUGUGCUCCAGUUUGUGCCAGGGCGUAGACCAGAUAUCCGUUGAUGCGUCGUGUGGGGGGUUCCCAUUUGCGCUGAGCACGGAUUACUUGCCUGGGAUAACUCGCAUCAAAAAAUGUAAUGGCAUAAAUGGUGAUGAGGCGAUUGGUCUAGUUCAAGAUGAGAUCGUUCAUGCAACAGUGUAUCCGCUGGGGUUUAAUAUAUACCACUGUUUCUUUCGGUUUUCCGGUCUCAGCUAUACCCAAUCUGGGACAAGUUGCACUCUUUCCAAACCUCAGGUGCUUUGCACAUCUAAGCGGUUUUACCAUUAUGAUGACAUUUUGCUUAAAGGCAACUUUGGCACACUUGAAUACUUGUCUUUAUCUCUGAGCCCGGAUCUCGUCAGAAAUCUUGAAGAGCGUCGCACAUUUACCAACUCUCAUCCAAGGCUCCGCCACCUUCAACUUUAUAAUCGUUAUAACUCUAGCCAUUAUGCGUCCAAUGACGCAGCAACAUGCUUUGCACUUAAAAUCAUCAGCUCAGCACAAACCUCAUUGAGCACAUUGGAGCUACACAGCUGUUUUAAUGUAAGUGCAUUCAUUGCUGGUGUUCGGUCAGACACAUGGCCCAGUAGAAUCCAGUCGCUCAGUAUGCCCGAGAUACACCUCGACUUUUCUGACAUGGUGCAGUUGCUCAAGAAUUUGCCUGCUUUGAAGACGCUCCACAGUAAUAUUGGCAAGCCCAAAGUUGAUAAAAUUCUGACAUUGCUGAUGGAUGCAUAUUUUAGUGACCCCACCUUUUCUUAUGAGAGAGCUGUUUUGCUGGUCGCACUGAUAUGCCCUUACUUCGGCAUAGCAACCUUGAAUUAUAGGGAUUGGAGUCAAGAAGACACACAAUUGUUGAUUGAGUCUGAGGAGUUCAGACAGCAUGCCGAUCGUCUGAGGCAGGUCAAGUUUUGCGUUGAUUGUGACAUUUGAAUUUACUGACAAGCCUUCAUUUAAUUU